AAAACCACAUAUAUGUUUUCUCACCCACAGGGCGUUGAUGCCUCCAAUUUCGGAAGUUUUCGUUUUAAACAAAUGGAUGACAUAAAACCAUUUUUUAUUUUUAUAUUUUAAAUUUCUGGUACCACCCAAUGACUUAAUUCGGAAAAUCUUUCGGAUUUCUGGCCCUGGUUGGGAUAAGUUGAUGGGUUCAUAACUGCAACAGAGCCACGAAAGAAGAGAGUUUUGGUUUCCAAAACCUCGUUUUUCCCAACACAGAAAAAAUGAUGCCGAAACUGUGUUUGAUGGCUUCUCAUGGAUGCCCUGUGGGACUUGCUUUGCAGCACGACUUGCCCAUGGUUGGCAGCACCAUUACCAAGGGUUGCCUACCAUUAUUGCCUUCUCCUGUACUGAAACCGGCAAUGAUCAGAUAUGGAUCUCCGUUAAAUCCAUUUGAGUCAACCAAGCCCCAGAAAGAGUGGUUCGAUUCUGAUCAUAUUGUCAACGUGAACUUGUCGACUCAAAGACCCAUGCUUAUUGAUGUUCAAGGAACUUAUCCAAGUCCAGUACAUUUUGGCUUUGGCAUCGUUGAUCAAUGCUGUCAGCAGGAUAAAAUUUUGCAGUGCGUCAUGUCUGAGAGUGCUGAAGCUGGGAUAGGUGGUGUGCCUAUAUCUCUAUUGUCAGGCAUUGAUGAACCUCAAAAACCAUUGACACCUGUUAUCCCAAAAAGCAAAUUCUUCAUCCCGAAGCUUUUGCUAAAUAUUUUUCAAGAUUCGGCCUUUAGUUCAAAGGUUACAGUUCAUCCAGAUGGUCAAGUCACUUUUAUGGGUACUGCACUUGAGAUGAAAGAUCUUCUUUCUGUAGUUGCUGACUCAUACUUAUUACGGAAGGGUGAAAGACAAUUUAUGCUUGUUCCACACUUCAGCAGGAUGAGUAUCAAAGAAGUAGAAGUAAAAAGUCUUUCCUCCACGCUGGAUAUUCAUUCUACAUUGACUCUUCCUUUGAGGAGUCCUGAGAAAGCCAAAGUCAAGCCUUCACGAAAGAAGAACAAGAAAGUAGCCAGAGAUAGGGAUCUCUUCAAGAAGAACUACUUACAUGCAUGCGAGAGUCUUCUGUCCUUAUUGGUUGACAAGAGCCAACACCGCAAAACAGCAAUUCUCUCUCUCAAGAAAUCUGGCCCUGAACUUCCUGCGCUCCUCACACAAUUUUCUGCUUGCAUUGCCGGUACUGGUCUUGCUGUUCUGCUAUCUGUGAUCUGUAAGCUUGCUUGUGGAAGGGGGAUUCCCUUUUGUUCUUAUAAGCUCCUCAACACAGGUUUUGGAUUUGGGUUGGUUUGGAUUUCUUGGGCAGUUAAUAAGCUAAGGGAUACAAUUGUUGGCAUUAACAAGAAUGGUGGAAAGCCAAGACUGAAAGAUGAGGAGAUAAUUCAAAAGGUGGACAAGAGCCUGAGAGAAAUAUACUUCAGAUCCGCUGCAUUGCUGGCAGUUGCAGUGCUAAGGCUUGCUUGAGCACUGAAGAAAUGAUGGCAUCGAAAUUGAAGUGCUGCAAGUGUCAGAGGUCCACACAUUGGAACGAUCAUUAUACCUUAUUAGUUGGAUGUCAUGGCCAAGGCUUUUGGGGAAGUGAUAGCAAAACGCAAUCUUUUUUCAAACCAAAUGAACCUUUGCUUGAUCUUGGAAGCACAUGAUUGUGGAUUGUUGUCUUGCGCAGCACUUGGAUGCUGUACUUUGGCUGAGGAUAUUAUCUUGUUUCAUUAACCAAAGUAGGUAUCAUACUUGUUUGCUUGGUAUUAGGGAAGUGAGACAAAUUCUAAAGUGUAAUGUGAAAUUUUGCAAUGAAAUACUGUUUUGGUGAAA